GUGUCAGAGCAUCAUUUCUGUGGAGUUCACUGUACUGUUCGUUUCGAGUUUACUUCUUCAGUUCGCUAAAAAUGUCUGGACGUGGCAAAGGUGGUAAAGCCAAGGGAAAGUCAAAGUCCCGUUCUAAUAGAGCUGGUCUUCAAUUCCCUGUUGGUCGUAUACAUCGACUUCUGCGAAAAGGAAAUUACGCUGAACGUGUUGGUGCAGGAGCACCAGUCUAUCUUGCUGCUGUCAUGGAAUACUUGGCCGCUGAAGUAUUAGAAUUGGCUGGAAAUGCUGCUCGUGAUAACAAGAAGACUAGAAUCAUUCCGAGGCAUCUCCAACUCGCCAUCCGUAAUGACGAGGAGUUGAACAAAUUGUUGUCUGGUGUAACCAUCGCUCAAGGUGGUGUAUUGCCGAACAUUCAAGCUGUAUUGUUGCCGAAGAAGACCGAAAAGAAAGCUUAACUAUCACAUUAAUACAAAUGGCCCUUUUUAGGGCCACAAAAUAUUUACAAACGAAGGAAAUAUUACCUACCUCAAAAACAUUGAAUAAUAGAUACUAGUACAGAUAGUUAUUUUAAAUAGUUAAUAUAAUCUAAUAAGAAUUUCUUAAAUAAUUUUUAUUUAAUGUAUUCGUAAU